AUGGCGCUCCGGGGGACCUUCUGGCCGCGCAAAGUUCGAGGGAGGCGAGAGAUGCUACCACAGCAAGUUGGCUUCGUAUGUGCAGUGCUGGCCCUGGUGUGCUGCAUGUCCAGCCUCUUCGGCAGCAUGGGGUACAAGACUGCUGCUAGCCACCGGGUUCUACCAGACUCGUGGAGAAACAGAAAGCUGAUGGCUCCCAUGAAUGGGACCCAGGGUGAGAAGAACUGCACAGACCCUGCCAUCCACGAGUUCCCCUCGGACCUGUUCUCCAACAAGGAGCGGCAGCAUGGAGCUGUCUUGCUGCAUAUCCUCGGUGCUCUGUACAUGUUCUAUGCCUUGGCCAUUGUGUGCGACGACUUCUUCGUGCCCUCUCUGGAGAAGAUCUGUGAGAAACUCCACCUGAGCGAAGAUGUGGCCGGGGCCACCUUCAUGGCUGCAGGCAGCUCCACACCAGAGCUCUUUGCCUCUGUGAUCGGCGUGUUCAUCACCCAUGGAGACGUCGGGGUGGGCACCAUCGUGGGCUCUGCCGUGUUCAACAUCCUAUGUAUCAUCGGCGUGUGUGGAUUAUUCGCAGGGCAGGUGGUGCGUCUGACGUGGUGGGCUGUGUGCCGGGACUCCGUGUACUACACCCUGUCUGUCGUCGUGCUCAUCGCGUUCAUAUAUGAUGAAGAAAUCGUGUGGUGGGAAGGCCUGGUGCUCAUCGUGCUGUAUGUGUUUUAUAUUCUGAUCAUGAAGUACAACAUGAGGAUCCAAGCCUUUUUCACCAUCAAACAGAAGAGCAUCGCCAACGGCAACCCAGUCAACAGUGAGCUGGAAGAUGGUAAUGGUUUCUAUGACGGUAGCUAUGAUGACCCCUCCGUGCCAUUGCUGGGGCAAGUGAAGGAGAAGCCACAGUACGGCAAGAGCCCCGUGGUGAUGGUGGACGAGAUCAUGAGCUCCAGUCCCCCCAAGUUCACCUUCCCCGAGGCGGGCUUGCGUAUCAUGAUCACCAACAAGUUCGGGCCCAGGACCCGCCUGCGAAUGGCCAGCAGGAUCAUCAUCAAUGAGCGGCAGAGACUGAUCAACUCAGCCAAUGGAGUGAGCAGCACCAAGCCACUUCAGAACGGGCGACACGAGAACAUCGAGAAUGGCAGUGUCCCCACGGACAACCCCAACCCUGAAGAGCCACAGCAAGACCAGGAGCAGCCGCAGCCUCCACCGCCACCCCCCGAGCCCGAGCCUGCUGAGGCUGUCUUCCUGUCUCCAUUCUCUGUGCCAGAGGCCAGAGGGGACAAGGCCAAGUGGGUGUUCACAUGGCCCCUCAUCUUCCUCCUGUGCAUCACCAUCCCCAACUGCAGCAAGCCCCGCUGGGAGAAGCUCUUCAUGGUCACCUUCAUCACGGCCACGCUGUGGAUUGCCGUGUUCUCCUACCUCAUGGUGUGGCUGGUGACUAUUAUUGGAUACACACUUGGAAUCCCUGAUGUCAUCAUGGGCAUCACCUUCCUGGCUGCGGGGACCAGUGUUCCAGACUGCAUGGCCAGCCUGAUUGUGGCCAGACAAGGCCUCGGUGACAUGGCUGUCUCCAACACCAUCGGAAGCAAUGUGUUUGACAUUCUAGUGGGUCUUGGCAUCCCAUGGGGCCUGCAGACCAUGGUCAUUAACUAUGGGUCCACGGUGAAGAUCAAUAGUCGGGGUCUGGUCUACUCCGUGGUGCUGCUGCUGGGCUCCGUGGCGCUGACCGUCCUCGGCAUCCACCUGAAUAAAUGGCGGCUGGACCGGAAGCUGGGAAUCUAUGUGCUGGUUCUCUAUGCUGUCUUCCUGUGCUUCUCCAUAAUGAUAGAGUUUAAUGUCUUCACCUUUGUCAACUUGCCCAUGUGCCGAGAAGACGACUAAAGCUGAGCCACUGCCUCCGGGAGCUAUCCUGGUCACCCCGUGGCACCAGCGUCCUCCUCGCUCUCCUUCUCCCCCACCACAGGUCUCUCCUGUAGCGGCGGCUGCCGUCUGUUCUUUCACACACAGGGAGGAAGAACCAUCGGGGGUCUUUGUGGCUGCCAGCUGUCCUCCUGCUUGGAGUUAGGCCCCCGGAACACAGGAUUUGGGGGCUGUUAUUUGAGGGUCUCUGAAGACCCCUAAGCUACCAGCUACAGGAUGGCGUCAGGUGCCCCUGCUCUUUCCUACACGCUGUCAUCAAAAGGACUUGUAAUGCGGGCAAUUUAUCUUUCAGUUUCAUGGGCAGCCUUGGAAACGAGACAGUUGGUGAGCAUGAGGUCUCCUGGGGCAGAUGCAAAAUGAGCAUGUGGUCCCCAAAUGUCACCUCUGGGUCUGAGGGGUGAGUUCCUUGGGCAAUACGUGCUACUAAGAGCCUCCAACUUCUGGGAGCACUCAACUGCGUCGGGCAGGGCUUCCACCUCUAAAUAAGGGGCGGCUUUGCAACCGUGUUGGCAGACAUUCCGUCCCUUGUCCUGGAAAAGCUGGAAGAGAGGAAGCAGCUUCUCACUGCAGAAAAGAGACUACGAAUGCAUAUUCUUAUUACUUUGACACAUUGAGAACAUGAAUAAUGAAAUAUUAUCAAUAAAAACAUCAUCUAGAUCGUCAUACUUGAAAAAUGUUAUUCCAUAUAAAAGGAGCACGAUGGUGACCAAAAUGGUAAUGCUCGCAGAAGUGCUGUGUCUCAUCUCACUGAGACAUCUGGCUCAGGAUCUAGAAGAGGGUGACAGAGGAACCUUGAAUUGGGUGCUAAGUCAGACAUUCAGCAGAAACUGGCGGACCUUUCUGUGCCACCCAAUGCACCAGUCAUGGGUUUGUCCUUUCUUUGUGAAUGCUUGACCUGUGAAACAUCCCCUGGUUGAAAGAGCCAAUAUGUCUGAAUGCCCAAAGAGGCAUUCCUGGAAAAUGAUGAAUUGCUCUCUGGUGAGCUCAAGGCAAGUAUGAAAACUGUACCUUAGGAUUUUUGAAGCUAAGUUUGUUGCACCUUGCAGUUUGCUCUAUGUGAACAGCCAAGGAUGGGAGGAGGUUGAUGGAGAAAGUAGCAAGAAGUGAGACAGUCACCCAUUGCUUUGUGGAUCUAAAACUAGGCAUGUCAGAGGUGUAUGAAUGCAAAUGAUUUAUGAGAAGAAAGCACAAAUUAAUUUUAUAGAGAGGUCUUAUUUUAUUUUUGUACCAUUUCUAUUGCGAGAGUCUAUCAGAUUUGAUGCACUUUGAGAUAUUUUGCACACAGCAGCAUUCAGGAAGCGCCCGUGCUGAUGGGAGGAGGGAGCUGGUGAUGAGUCCAAAAGGAGUAGCUGAUCCCUUCUGGAGACACAAGACCUUGAGCCACAUUGUGGUGAGUGGCCUAUGUCCUCUAAGGCGUCCUGAGUUUCCAAAGAGGGAAGUGGGCAAGCUUAUAGCCCCCAAGGUCCCCUUAGCCUGAGCCUAGGAUGGGCCCUCGCCAGGCCUGUUUUGGGGAUUCACAUCAGUAUUAGUAACUAUACCGCGUUGAGGCUUCUCUUGUUUUUUGUUUGUUUGUUGUCCCUGGUUCUUGGAUAGCAAGGUCUUCAUGUUGAGGACAAGCAUGAUUUUCCUAACAAAGUGGCUAAGUGGGAGGGCAAGGAGCUGUCAAGUUUAUCAACAUAAACUUCAACUGCAAGAGGCACCAGGGUCCCCAGAGGAGGUCACUCUGGGCUCUCAUAGCUCCAAGUUCUCCCUGGGUACCCUGCCCUAACCACCAGCUCCCAGACCCAUCCUGGUCUGCAGCAAAGUGAUUCUGUCACCAUCUGAUUCUCCCAGCUGCCUGGUGAUGUCAGCAGGCUUCACUCCUUCCCUUGAGUAGGAGAUUUCUGAGAGAGAUCCAGUGGUUCUAGCACAAUGGCCCGGCAGCUGUCCUCCGGCCAUGGCUGUGGGGCUGGUUGUGUCCAGGCAGCAGGUGUGGGUGAAACUUGGUCCUGUGGGUUGGUUGGUUAUUGUCUGGCCCCCAAACCUCAGAAAACACUUGAUUGGCUCCUGGGCUCCCCAGGACAUACCCUAACAUCUGUCCAUGU